AUGCUGCCCAGAAGAGGGUACGUCUUCCUCGUCCUCAUCCUCGUCUCCCGCCGCAUCCUCCUCGUGUCGACAUACUCCCGCGCGCUUCACACUUCACCCAUCGUUCUCAGGAGGCCAAUCAACCGGCGAGAUGUUGCGAGCGAUGCACAUCGUCCUAAGGGGAAAGAGCCGCGCUGGGCCGGCCAUGCCACGCGGCUCGCCGGCAACCGUGGCUACUCCACGGCCCUGAACUCCCGGCGGCUGGCCGGGAAGGUGGCCGUGAUCACCGGUGGAGCCAGCGGCAUCGGCAAGGCCACGGCCGAGGAGUUCGUCAAAAACGGCGCCAAGGUCGUCCUCGCCGACGUCCAGGACGACCUUGGUCACGCCCUGGCGGCCAAGCUCGGCGCCGACUCGGCAUCCUACACCCGCUGCGACGUCACCGACGAGGCGCAGGUCGCCGCGGCCGUGGACCUCGCCGUGUCCCGCCACGGCAACCUGGACAUCAUGUUCAACAACGCCGGCAUCCCGGGCUCCCCGGCGCGGCCCCCGCUCGCCUCCCUCGACCUCGCCGACUUCGACACCGUCAUGGCCAUGAUGCCGGCGCCGCCACCGCGCUCUCCGCGCCGCCCUUCUCCAUCGCCAACCCUCUCGCGUCAUUACGUCGAACAGGUGGUGGGCGGCCGCGGUUGA